AUGGCAGAGAUUGGUGCUGUUUAUUAUGGCGGAAAGGGACAGAAUGUAAAAAAUAUCUGCUCGAGUGAUGCAGUUCCUGGACGAAUAGAACAAAAAUUGUGCCAGCCAUGCUUAAGUAAGGAUAUACAAACAGAAGCUGAUGUGUUUUGUUCAACAUGUGACGAGUUCCAGUGUACAGAAUGUUCAAACGUACAUAACACUCAUGCUUUCUUGAGAAAUCACAAGCUAGUGAAUGUUAAAGAAGUGAAACCAAAACUAGUUUCGUUUGAUAUGAAGGGAUUAGACCAAUGUGAUCAGCAUCAAAAAGUUUUAGAAUUCUUCUGCGAGGAUGAGAAUCAGCUGUGUUGCAGUACCUGUGCUAUUGUGGAUCACCGGAAAUGCAACAGUGUCGUAGAAAUUCAAAAGAUUGCAGGAAGGUAUGCAUCAGCAAGUUACCAGUUAAAGGUCAAGUUGCAGGAAGUAACAGAGAAAGGUGAAAAGGUCGUUCAAUGUACCAAGUUAUCAAAAGAGCAACUGGAUCAAGAUGUUAAAGAAAUACCUUUAACAAUUAGACGAAUGCGAGAUAAUGUAAUGAAAAUGUUUGACGAUUUGGAAGUUUCUGUUCCUAAGGACGCUGAAUCAUUUAAGACAGAAACACUCGAUAAGCUGACAAGGAAGCAAUCAAACAGUGAGAAACUUGCUGCUGAGGCAACAAAAUCCCUGGAAACAAUUGAUAACGUUUAUCAGAAUGGGACACCAUCACAACAGUUUAUACUAGAACAUAGAAUGAAGAAACAAGUCGAUGAACUUAGCAGCAACGUUGACAAGGAAUGUCAAAGGUUAGAGACUGUAACCGUUUCAUUUAAUUUUGAUGAAACUUUGAAACUGCCCCCACUUCCGAUUUCUGAUUACGUUCCAGGACAACUGACAUUAGCAUACUCCGUAUCGGAAGCUGUGAAACCUGUAGCACCUGUAGAUCCGAUUUUUAAGUUAACGAAGAUUACUUCCAUUGAUCUGAAGCAGGCUGGAGAUGAUAUGGAGGAACCGUUAUACACAGGCCUGGAUUUUCUGUCGGAUGGCAGACUGGUUGCCGUGGAUCGUUUCAACAUGAAAUGCUUGAUUUACAAUGAGAAGCUUGAGAAAGUAGGAUCAUAUCAGUUAUCGUAUAGACCACAGAGUGUAGUUGCUGUAUCUGAGGAGGAAGUGGCGAUAACAAGUGAUGAUAGACACUUUGUUGUUGGAACUAUCGAUGAUACAACACCUGUUCGUAUUGUAUCUCAAUCAGGAGAAGAAAAAGAUUUCCGUGUCGACUUUCCUGACAAGAAAUAUCCUAUUGCUACAAGUGCUUGUACAUAUAUAAGAAACAGUGACAAAGUAGUUCUUACCGAUAGGUACGAGCAUACUGUCUACAUAUAUGACAUCAGGACCGACACCAGAAUUGUUGUCAAGGACGACAAGAUCAAGCAACCGGGUGGUGUGACCGUAGGUCCAUCAAACAGCAUCCUGGUUUGCAGUAUUGAAACAGACUCCAUUGUACAGAUCUCUCAAACAGGUCGGGUCCUAUCAUCGUACAAAUUAGAUAUGAGAUUUCCACGAUAUGUCCUUGUUUCAAGGGACAAAUCAAUAGUUACAAACGCCUGUUUAGGAGAAAAUAGGUUACAGACGUUCAAAAUUACAUAUUAA